GUGCACGGAAGCAAAGCUGCCUUCGGAGCUGCGAUCGCACUUGUCUGCCGCUCUGCCGGCCUACAUGGUGCCUCAGGUGCGCGUGGUGGCUGCACUGCCCUUGUCGGCCUCCGGGAAAGUGGACCGCCGCGCCCUACUGGAGGAGGAGUCCAAUUUCGGGCGAGGUAGAGUGGCUCAACAAAAGGAGCGCACCCGCCGCACAGAUGUUUCACGCCCCAGCCGCUGAGCAGUUGCCAAAGGCUCUUGCCAAGGAGCAGUUGCCAGUAGCACCAGCAGCUGAGCAGUUGCCACAAGCCAACCUUGGCCAGAAAGGACCUCGUCAUGUCCCUGCAUCCUCAGCCAUGGCGUGGCUGAACAGCGAUGCGUUUGGUCCGCGGUUGGACUUGGAAGCCACUGCAUCCUCAGAUGGGCCGUUUUCCACAUCUCAGAGGCGGAGCAGAAAUGAACCAAAGGAACAGAAGGAUCAUCAACAAGCAGCUGAGAUGUGUGAAGUGGCGGAAGUGGCGGAAGUGGCGGGCAGACUCCAUCAGCUCCAGCACCUGAGAGCCUUGCAGGAACAGUCCAUGUCACAAUAUGUCAAGUAUACCCAAGCAUUGGCGGCCUUACAGGAUCAGAUGCGCCAAGGGGAUGAGGUGCCAGUGGUAACGUUGACAGUCAAAGGACUGCCUUCAUACUACAACGAGGAGAUGUUGCUGUUUGAGAUGGUGAAUCGCGGUUUCACGGGCCAUUUCGACCUUCUCUAUAUCCCAUACAGCCCGGAGCAUGGGAGCAACAUAGGCUAUGCUGUCAUCAAUUUCACCCAGCCAGAGUACGCCACGCAGUUCUAUGCCUUGUUUCAUGGCGAAGUCCUGGACGAAGAGAUGACCAUUUCAGGGAGGAACUUGGUGGUUGAUGCUACCCCUCUUCAGGGCUAUGAGGCCAACUCCUACCACUCCGCCAUUGAUCUCGCCUCCCGUACUCUGGCUCCAUCUGGAAGCUUCCUGGAUCAGUUGCUCCAUAAAUGGGAGAUGCACCCAGAAAAUGACAAGUGUCAUAGGGAAAGUGAUGGCAGUCUGUCGGACUUGGGUUAUGCAAAGCCAGAUCUGCAGAUAGAUCAGACCGUGAAGUUCCUCCAUGAUCAAAAGGCAGCUGCACUCACCAAGUUCCAAUGA